AUGCGCCGCCAUCCUUCUCCUUCUUCUCGAUGGCAGUCCGCGUGUGCUUGUCGACGGGUCGGCGGCGUGGUCGAGGGGAAGGUCGCCGGCGGCCGCAACUCCGCCGCCGUCGCUCCGCCGGCUCUGAUCGAGUAUCGGGCGUUGAGGGCGGCGGCGCAAAGCGGGUCUGACGCAUCCAUCGCCACGAGCCUCGCGGCGGCGGUCGUGGCACACCUGGCGGCGGCUGUCGGGGCCGUCUCUACGGCGCUCGACGCCGGCGGCGGCGCAAGCGGGUCUGGCGCAUCCAUCGCCACGAGCCUCGCGACCGCGGUCGUGGCACACCUGGCGGCGGCUCUCGGGGCCGUCUCUACGGCGCUCGACGCCGUGUGA